AGCGAGCGAGGGAGGCGAGCGCCGCAGCCAGCCGGCCGAGCGCCAUGCGCCGCGCCAGCCGAGACUACACCAAGUACCUGCGCGGCUCGGAGGAGAUGGGCAGCGGCGGCUCGGGCGCCCCGCACGAGGGCCCCCUGCACGUCCCCCCACCGCCCGCGCCGCCCGCGCCGCACCAGCCCGCCGCCGCCUCCCGCUCCAUGUUCGUGGCCUUCCUGGGACUGGGGCUGGGCCAGGUGGUCUGCAGCGUCGCCCUGUUCCUCUACUUCAGAGCUCAGAUGGAUCCUAAUAGAAUAUCAGAAGAUGACACUCACUGCAUUAAUAGAAUUUUCAAACUCCACGAAAACGCAGAUUUGCAAGACACAACUCUGGAGAGUCAAGAAACAAAAUUAAUACCUGAUUCGUGUAAGAGCAUUAAACAGGCCUUCCGAGCAGCUGUACAAAAGAGUACAAUCUCUCCUAAGUGGCUUUGA